AUGAGAGUUCUUUGCAAGUUCUAUGCACACGGAGCAUGUUUAAAAGGGGACUAUUGUGAGUUUUCACAUGACCGCAAUGACCCACCAAAUAAUAUCUGCACAUUCUAUCUCAAAGGAUGUUGCUCUUAUGGCAGCAGGUGCAGAUAUGACCAUGCGAAAGCUUCUUGGUCAGAGUCUUCUGCUACAUCUUCGUCAGUGUAUUCUCGACAGAAUUGGGUUUCGGAUUCUCUCUCUGUAGCUCAUCCUUCUAGAGCUGCAUCAAGUGGUCUAACUCCAGUCCCAGGUAUUAAUAUGGAGCUUUCAGCUUCAAGCAGACCUUUCUUUCCUCCUACUAAACCAGCAUGGGAGCAGAAGUCUGGGUAUCCUGAUUUGCUUGAAAAUAAUGAUGUUGGGGAUCCCAGAAGUGCUAAUCCUGCUGACCGUUCAAUCUGCUCGUUUGCUGCUGCCGGUAGCUGCCCACGCGGAGAAAAAUGCCCUCAUAUGCAUGGGGAUUUAUGUCCUUCCUGCGGAAAACAUUGUUUGCAUCCAUUUAGGCCCGAGGAAAGGGAAGAACAUCGACAAAGUUGUGAGAAAAGGCAAAAAGACCUUGAGGCAUUAAAAUGUAGUCAGGAAAUAGAAUGCAGUGUAUGCCUCGAACGAGUUCUGUCAAAGCCCACAGCUGCUGAGCGGAAGUUUGGACUGUUAUCGGAGUGCAAUCAUCCAUUCUGUAUAUCAUGUAUCAGGAAUUGGCGCGGUACUUCCCCUACCUCCGGGAUGGAUGUCAAUUCUGCAUUAAGGGCCUGCCCAAUAUGCAGGAAGCUUUCAUAUUUUGUCAUUCCUAGUGUCAUUUGGUAUUCCACCAAAGAAGAAAAACAAGAAAUUAUUGACAAUUACAAAGCAAAACUCAGUUCUAUCGAUUGCAAGCAUUUUGACUUCGGGAAUGGGACUUGCCCAUUCGGGACUAGUUGUUUUUACAAGCAUGCUUAUCAUGAUGGCAGUCUCGAGGAAGUGGUUCUACGCCAUCUUGGGGAUGAAGAUGGACAAACUGCUGUCGGACUUCCUCAGCAAUUUGCAAAUAAGGUGAACAACACUCCAAUGGCUCCAGAGUAUGUUCAGUCAUGAUUCUGAUUUUGCCUCUUUAUAAUCCUGGAUGCUUGUUCAUUUGGGCUUUAUUUCCUAGCUGAUUUCUUGGUCUCAAUUUAAUGGGAACUGUUCGAUCUUUGUCGAAUUGAAAAUCAAAUCUGUUACCAAUUAUUGGUUACCACAUAGAUACCCAUAGCAUCCCACAAACCGGCGUCGCACGAUCCGAUACUGGUGGGUUCACUAGAUCAUUCAAAGUCCUGAACCCUAAUUAUAACACAAACAGUAAAUUGAUUGGUGGUCUAAGUAAUCCGACAUCAUAACCCCGACCCCAAAUUUUACGUACCAAAUUGACCCAUGAUCUAGGUAACAUUUUGGUUUUGCUCCAUGUGUGAUCUCAACUUGUGCUGUUGCCUCAUCAUAGUUUUGAGUUGUAGGGCUCCAUUUUAGUUGCCUAGAUUUUUUGGUGAUUGAACAUCAUGGCAUACAAGGUGCUACUACAUGACAGCAGUUUGAGAAAACCUGCCGCUGGCAGACUGUUAUGUUAUCCAUAGGAAAUUUGACUGAAGGGUUUUGCAUCCUUUCUUCAGUUGUAAGACCCUUAAUAUAGUUGAAUUUGCUGCCAGAAAUUCCUGGGCACUUGAGUUGAUGCUUUCUCAAUAAUUACUGGACAUCAUAUUUUGCUUAGUCAAGGUUCAGGAUCUAUUCCAUUGAUAUGGAAUUUUCCCUGCUGAAUAUCAAAUGUGUUUUAUUAUUCACUGGUGCCAGUUUUAUAUGCAGGGAAUAUUUGGUAUGAUGAUGUCUGAGCUUAUGAAGCCAAAUUUCUU